UUGGAAAAGGAAUGAAGAAAACAUGGCAGCCUUAGCCAUAAAAUCGUCAUCAAUGGCUUGCCCAACUCCAAGUCCCAUGCAUUAUUGUUGGUCUCCCGCAAACUCCUCAACUAAUCAUUCGAGAAGGAGAUUAAGCUCCUCCACUUCUCUCAGGAUUUCGGCCUCAAGCCUCGCCGACGCCUCUGCUCUCCUUAAAGCAGCCCACCACACUGUGGAUACGUAUAUAAAAAGCGGCAUGGUUGUUGGGUUGGGUUGCGGCCAAGCUUCUGCAAUGGCCAUUGAGUAUUUGGGUCGCCAACUUCGCACAGGUGCUUUUAGAGACAUUCUCGGAAUACCCAUGUCUGUGGCGAGUGCUAGUGAGGCGGCCAAGGCAGGAAUACCAUUGGACUACUACCAAGAUAAUUCUCAAAUUGAUUUUGCAUUUGAUGAUGCUGAUGUUAUAGAAGAAGGAACACUUGCUGCCAUAAUUGGGCGUCAAAGUUCACAGAGUGAUGAGUCCCUUAUCCAAGAGAAGUCUAUUCUAAAUUCAGCUGAUAAACUGGUGUUCAUGGUCUCAAAGAAGCAGUAUAGAGGUGGUCUUGAUGGUUCCAUUCCAGUUUUAGUUCAAUCUCUCAACUGGUUGGAAACUGCUGAGGAGAUUGAUGACUUAUUUUUAGGCGACGCAGAGGUAUGGAGGAGACCAGCUAUAGGACAUGCAGGACCAAUGGGGGGUGAUUUCCCACUAAUCACUAGAGAAGGCCAUAAUGUUCUUGAUGUCAUCUUCACGUCUCCAAUAGUAAGCCUUGUUGAAGUAGCAAAGAACCUCGAUAAAAUGGAUGGGGUUGUCGGCCAUGGUGUCAUUUCCAAGUUCCCAUGCACAGCAGUAAUUGCUUCAGAAAGUGGCCUGUCAAUUGUUGAUAAUCUGUCAAAGAAUUCGGUGGAGGGACUCUGAUUGCUACUACCAGCAUAACAAACUCAUGUGGUUCUUGGUAUUAUUUCCCAACAUGAUCCCAGUUGUAAAGAUUUUUCAGAUUCUUUCAAAAACAAAGAAAAAAAAAAACUAGGCUUGGUCGAGUCUCGCCAAAAUUUUCUCUGUACUUUAGCUUGUGCUCAAGUUGAUAAAGUUUUUUCGUUGUAAUUUAAUUUAAUUUCAUGUCAUAUGUAUAUGCACAUGCCGAAACUUACCUGUUGAAAUUCCAUCAAACACU